GUGUUGUUGGGUAGAGAAGGGGAACAGAGGCUUGCGUGUUGGAAACAGGGUAGAUAGAGUGAAGGGAAAGCAACCAAAGAAAAGAGGGUGGAAGAGUGCAAUGGAGUCACCAUUCAAGGCGGAUAUAGUGAAGGGGAAGGUGGCUUUGAUAACAGGAGGAGGGUCAGGGAUUGGCUUUGAGAUUUCUACACAGUUUGGGAAACAUGGAGCUUCUGUUGCAAUCAUGGGUCGGCGCAAACAAGUCCUUGAAUCUGCUGUCUCUGCUCUUCAAUCCCUUGGGAUCAUUGCUGUUGGCUUUGAGGGGGAUGUUCGCAAGCAGGAAGAUGCAAGAAGAGUGGUUGAAUCAACUUUCAAGCAUUUUGGCCGCAUUGACAUUCUUGUGAAUGCUGCUGCUGGCAAUUUUCUUGUGUCAGCUGAGGAUUUGUCCCCUAAUGGGUUUCGAACAGUUAUGGAUAUUGAUUCUGUUGGCACAUUCACUAUGUGCCAUGAAGCACUUAAGUAUCUCAAAAAAGGAGGACCUGGAAGGAACUCAUCUGGGGGUGGGGUGAUUUUGAACAUUAGUGCUACUUUGCACUAUACUGCUGCUUGGUAUCAAAUACAUGUCUCUGCAGCCAAGGCAGCUGUUGAUAGCAUUACUAGAAACUUAGCACUUGAAUGGGGAACUGACUAUGAUAUUCGAGUAAAUGGUAUUGCCCCAGGCCCUAUUGGUGAUACUCCUGGCCUGAGUAAACUUGCACCAGAGGAGAUUAAUAGCAAAGCUCGAGAUUACAUGCCAUUGUAUAAACUAGGGGACAAAUGGGAUAUCGCUAUGGCUGCUCUCUACCUUUUCUCAGCUGCUGGUAAAUAUGUCAAUGGAACUACACUUAUAAUCGAUGGAGGACAUUGGCUGAGCCGGCCUCGCCAUAUAACGAAAGAGGCAGUCAAGCAGCUGUCUCGGGCAGUCGAAAAGAGAUCUAGAGAUAAACCAGUUGGAGUUCCAACCAGCAAGCUGUGAACCAAGCUGAUGGAGUGAUCAUCUAAAUGCUUCAACGUAUAUAGGGUAUAGCUAAAACUAUUGUCUUCAUAUAUGAAUAUCUCAGGGGAGGGCUUUCAUCCCUCGUUAGAAGCCUUCAAUUGAUUGAAUAAAGCUAGAAGCUACUUUACCAAGCUAUUGAAUUAAGCCUUCUCAAGCUUUUCAUGACAUGCAGGAAAAAGCUAGUUCUUUUCAAAUCAAGAGGGAUUGUGGACAUUUUUUUU